GGAUAUGCAAUUAGCUCCUCAACAGGCACCUGAUUCGGUGAUUUUAGGGUUAGAAAGUACUGUAAGUGGAUAAAAGAGAAAGUGGCAGUGGGUAAGAAAGAAAGAGUUUGAUUACAAAAAAAUGGAAAAAGAAGCAGCAGCUACACAAGUAGAAGGAGAAGUGAACCCUAAAAAACAGAAAAUGUCCUCCGACGAAGUCAGGCCCAAACGCCGCAAAAUCGCAAUACUAUUCGCCUAUUGCGGAGUUGGUUAUCAAGGAAUGCAAAAGAACCCAGGUGCCAAAACCAUCGAAGGCGAUUUGGAAGAAGCUCUUUUUCAAGCUGGGGCUGUUCCCGAACACGACCGUGGUAUCCCCAAGCGUUUCGAUUGGGCUCGCUCUGCUCGUACUGAUAAGGGUGUGAGUGCUGUUGGUCAAGUUGUUUCUGGUAAAUUCUACAUUGACCCAACUGAUUCUUUUAUUCCCCGCUUGCAAUCUCAUUUGCCCAUUCAGUUUAAGAUUUUUGGCUAUAAGCGUGUCACGGCCUCGUUUAAUGCUAAAAAGUUUUGUGAUCGUAGGAGGUAUGUUUAUAUGUUGCCUGUUUUUGCACUUGAUCCUACUGCACAUCGUGAUAGAGAGAGUGUGUUAGCUAGUUUUGGCUCUGAUGUUCAGCUUCUCAAGUGUUUCCAGUGUUCCGAGAGAGGCCGCAAGGUGUUUGGUGUGAUGGGUAAGAGGAGUUUUGGUGCGGUCACAUCUGAGUCGGAGAAUUUGUCAAACAGUUUGUCUACGGUGUCUGAUUUGGGAAGUGAAGAUGUUAAAUUGAUUGAUCUGGCUAAUGCUGGCGGUGAUAAUGUUAAUGGUAAUGACCUUAAUGCUGAGCAUGUAAAAGAAUUUGGGAAUGACCAAAAUGAGGCAAUAGAGGAAAUGAAAAUUGAUGUUGAAUUGAAUGAGAGCGGGUUUACUUAUGGAGAAAAGGAAAAACAGAGGUUUAAUAACAUCUUGAAAAGUUAUGAAGGAACUCACAAUUAUCACAACUUCACAACUAGAACAAAAGCUGAUGAUCCCUCUGCUCACCGGUACAUUAUUUCGUUCAAAGCUGAUACCACAGUUACUGUUGAUGGUAUUGAAUUUAUCAAGUGUGAGGUUGUAGGACAAAGCUUCAUGCUUCAUCAAAUUCGGAAGAUGAUUGGUGUGGCCGUUGCAAUUAUGAGAAAUUGUGCUCCAGAAUCCUUUAUUGACAUUGCUCUGCAGAAGGAUAUUAAUAUUACUGUUCCUAUGGCCCCGGAAGUUGGAUUAUAUUUGGAUGAGUGCUUCUUCACAUCAUAUAACCAGAAAUGGAAAGAUAGUCAUGAAGAAGUGUCUAUGAAUGAUUAUGAGGCUGAAGCAGAGGACUUCAAGAUCAAACACAUAUAUUCCCAUAUUGCAUCAUCAGAACACAAGGACGGAGCUGUUGGCCUUUGGCUGCAUUCUCUAAACUACCGCAAUUAUCCUGAUUUACUUGUAACAACUAAUGAUAAGAAGCCUGUUAUGAAAAAUGAUGAAGUUGAAAUUACAACUAAUGGGAGAGGUUCUGAAGCUGAAGUCUCUUCUGCAGAAGUUAAGGUCACAACCGAGAAGGAUGCCGAGGUGAUUGCCUAAUGAAGGCAUAGAGAUCAUCUAGUUACAAGGGUGGUGGAACAUUCGAACUGUACGCCGUGUUUUUAUUAUUUAUGUAGAUUGCUUAUACUCUCUCCAAGAACAGUUUUUGUUGUUUGGAUCACAUGGAGAGAGUGCCAUGAGCUGUGGUUUUGGCUCUCUUAAGUUUUUAUCUUAACUUGUUAAUCGAAAACUUUGCAUUAUUCACUCAA